UCGCAAUGACAUAUGUCUCGUGAUAGUUACAGAUGUAAAAAUAUAUAAGACUUUUUGAUGUAGUUAAAAGAAAAUGUUUGAACAUUCUGUAAAAGUUCCAAGACAUUAUAAAGUAGCUGCAAAUAUUUUUAAAAAGGUUGCCACAGAAGGCGGUAGUGUCAAAAAUUUGCUGUACGACGAUAAAUUAAAGCAUUUCAGAACUAAUGUGCUUUACGCACUUAUAACAGAGACAAUUAAACAUGCGACUGAUAUUGAUAAAAUAUUUGAAAAUUGUGGUAUUUUGGCGAAAGAGCAGCGGCUAGAUCCUUGGCUUGCUAAGAUUCUUACCGCAGAGUUGCUUUUUGGCAAAAAGGCUCUGCCUGGGAAAAGCAAACCUGAACUGACAAUAUUAUCAUAUAAAGAACAGUUUGAGAACUUUAGGAGUGAAAAUCCAGAUGAAGUGAAAUCUAAAGUUGUUCACAGACCGCGGUACGUCAGGAUAAACACGAACCUUUUAACCACAUCGGAUGCUAUAAGAGCAUUCCAAGACGAAGGCUACAAGUUCAUAAGAUGUACAUCAGGGUCCUAUGAUGAUUACUUGAAGCAGAUCCAGGGUUUGACGGAGUACGACUUCACUCAGGACUACCAUGUGAAAACCAUGUUUGUGUUUGCACCAGGAACCAAGUUCCACGACCAUGAUCUGUACUUGAAUAAUCAAAUUAUUUUGCAAGAUAAGGCUACAGCCCUAGCCGUACACCUGCUCGCCCCGCCAUCUGGCAGCACUGUAUUAGAUAUGUGUGCUGCUCCAGGUAUGAAGACCACACAAGUUGCUGCAUAUCUUCGAAACCAGGGUAAGGUAUACGCUGUUGAGAGGAAUGAUCAGAGAUAUCAAACACUGUGUCAAUUAGUUGAGAGCACUUCAUCAAAAUGUGUUGAGACCAUACAUAAGGAUGUACUGGAGAUUAAGAGAGGUGAUUUAGAUGAUGUGGAAUACGUCCUGCUGGAUCCCAGCUGUUCAGGAUCUGGUAUGGAUUUUUCUGUCCACAACUACAUCGAAGACACGAGGCUGGCCAAACUAACCUCGUUGCAAGAGAAAUUUCUAAAACACGCAAUGAACGCGUUCCCGAAUGCAAAGCGCAUCGUCUACAGCACGUGCUCGAUAUUUCCCGAGGAAAAUGAACGGGUUGUGACAAACGUUGUGAAGACUUCAAGGGCUAAGUGGAGGGUGCAGGAUGUUAAGGAGCUGUUGAAAAACCAGUGGAACAACUACGGCUCAGGAAUGUAUGGCAGUAUGGGUACCAGGUGUCUAUACGCUAGACCGGAUACCGAUAUGACAACUGGAUUCUUCCUAGCCGUCUUGGACAAAGACCAAAAAGCCCGUGACGAUGAGGGGAAAACUCUUGAUAUUGACGAUAAUAAAGUCAAAAGUAUCAGUAAAGACAUCUCUAAUGGCAAAGCAGUUCAUGAAGCUGAAUAUGGAUCAACCUUACAAUUAGAUGAGGUUAGUGACGUCAUAGUGAAGAAAAAAAAGAAAAAAGAGAGAAUACGUUCAGAAAAUGAGAGCGAUAUCAAAAAUAAUAUUACUGAAAUAGAAUCUGACUUAACGAAAGGUGCGGUCGAAACUAAAAUGAAGAAAAAGCACAAAAAGAGCAAAUCCAAGGACGACGGUAAUGAUCAAGAGUUCAAACAAAGUGUUACAGAAGAAGUGAUUGCAGAAUAUCAUCAGGAUAUAACUGAAGUAGACCAUUCAGAUAGAAUAGAAAAUAUUGAAACCAAGAAGAAGAAAAGAAAGAAGAGUAAAACUUUAGAUCAUGAUACGGGCGAAGAUGACAACUUGAAACAAAAUCACGAACCAGAAGACGACGGUCUAGAAGAACCUUCAAAGAAGAAAAAGAAGAAAAAUAGAGAUAAAGAAGAAUCUAUAGCAAAUGAUGGUUCUGUUCCAAAUCACUUAGAUUUUACAGAAGAUAAUGUACAAGAGAAGAAAAAGAAGAAAAAGAAAAAGCAUUUGGAUUAAUGACGGAAAUUUUGUAACUUUUUAUUUUUUUUUUAAGAAUAAAUGAUAAAAGGAU